AUGGCAAUACAAAACAGCACACACAACAUAGAAGACAUAGCAGAACAAACACAGACAGUGUAUCCCAGCUUGGAUGCAGCCAAAGACAUCGCAAUCGAAGCAGAAGCUGAGCCAGCAAUAGUGGCAGACAUAGCAUACUCGCACACAGUCAAUGACAUAGUAAGCGAAAUGCCAGCAGAAGAAGCAGUAAAAGUGAGUGUGGAAGUAUCUUCCAAUACAGCAGAAGAUGCAUCAACUGUUAUCAAUGGAUUCCUAUCAGGAAGCAGAAUAAACUUCAGUGAUUCAAUAGAGUCCAGCGAGUUCCCAUCACUGGAUAAGAUCCAAGCCCGCUUAACCUCGCUGGUAUCAGAGUACAGAAAUUUACUCUCUGAAGAAGUAAAAAAACAGGUCACAGAUAUUUUCAAUAACUACGGCGACUCUGUGGAGUCAUUGGCAAUAAAAUGCGUUGAAAACGAAGAGAAACAAGUAGUCUCUGAAAUACUUAUCAAGUUCACAUCCAACAUUCCAGAGGGCAUUGAAGUAGACUCCGAAGGAGUUUUGAGACUAACAUCAAUUGUUUCGGCAGAAGCCUUCCGCGAAAAUAUAGCUAAAAAUGUUAACAACAUGCUCAAUGAAGCAGCAAAGCUGAAAGGCGAAAUCUUCGAUGACGCCAUGAACGUUUUUGCAAAUAUUGGAGAAGGAUCUCUGAACUUCCUUAAGAAAGUAGCAAACUUCGCAGAGGCAAUACCAAGAAUAGCCAUGGAUGGACUGAACUCUCCAAUGAACAACUAG